GAGCCGUCAGUUGUGGCUCGCACAUCGUGCUGUUAACAGCGAGCAACACAGGGCUGCAAGCAGGGGAAACGCGAACCUCCAGCUUCCACGUGCAGCGUAUCUGCCGGCCGGGCUGCGCGCUGUGCCAAGGACGCCCGCAGUGUCGAGAUGAAACAAGAAGAAGAAUCUGGUAACUCUAAAGGAGGAGAGGAUGGAGUAACGUCUGGUACAGCACUAAACGAAAGUAUAAGUAAAAGCAGUGGAGACCCAAACGAUGCUCAGAAGGUUGUGUCCGGCUCUGCACACCCAAGUGGUGGAGAAGACCAUGCAGCAGAACCAACUGGAAUCGACAGUUCCACAGACAGUACCAGCCCUGAACGGAAUACAGCCGCAAAUACAUCAGGGAGCAGUAUGGGAAGCGUGAGUACGAGCAGUCCUAGUUCUGAAAUGGAGAAGAGAAUUGGGCGGCCAGACGGCGAUAUGGAACGCAGCAGUAGCUCAUGUAAUGACUCUGUAUCGGAAUGUAACCAAAGAGACAGUAGCUCUUGCGAUGCCUCUGUAUCGGAAUGUAACCAAAGCCUCUCGUCCUGCUGCUCAGAAUGUAGCAUUCAUUCUGGAGUUAUUGACAAGUGCGGAAGACACCGUGAGAGCAGUGAUGUGGAUCAUUCCCAUCCUCCACCAGUAGCUGUUCCCACUUUGAAUGGACGUCAGGCAGAAGGUGCAGAUGAAUCAAUGUCGGAAUUUAAUCCAAGGGACAGCGUGUCAUCAACUUCACUAAGUAGCACACCCUCUGGAGUUACUGACAGGAGUGGAGGAAAAUGCGAGAACAGUGACAUGGAUCACUCCCCACCAGGUCCUCCACCGGGAACUGCAUCCAGUUCGAUUGGACAUCAGGCAGAUGCAGUUGCUGUCGGAUCAGUCACCUGCCAGCCGAUGUCUGAUUCUCUCACUGAGCGAGAUACUGCCAUGUCCAAUGCAGAGUCCACAGGUACGUUCACGAGGAAAAUGACGCUCAGAUCAGGCAGGGUUACCCAAGUUGAGAGUGUUCCUCCGAAGAAACAUCGUGAUGUCAGCGACACGAGAAGACAUAAAUCUGUAGGAAGACCCCCGAAGAGGAGAUUUUCUGUGGAUGACCAGAGCCAUUCUUCCUCGGAGGAGAAUCCUGAAAAGUUACUUCGCGUAGAGUCGUCCGAUACGAUGACGUGCUUACGCAAGACAGAAGGCAGUACUAGCUUUGAGAAUAACCAGUCCGAAGAUAUUACUAGUGUCUCAUCGGGCCUUCCUAGGGAAACAACUCCAAGCACUGUUGCGGAGGAUUCAUCAUCAGAAAACGAGCGGCUGCUUCUUGCAAACCCUGAUGAUGUCCCUGUUAGCGAAGUUUCGCGUACAUUUACAGCUGCAGAGGAGGAAGCUAUGGUGGGGAAUGAGAAAUCAGUGGAAGAAAAGCUCGAUACUGAUAAAUCAGAGUCACCACCCGAUAACGAACAAAAUCCUGUCGACAAAGAGGUGCUCGAUCAGGCGUCUACAAGUUCGGAAUCAUCAGCCUACCAGUCAGCUAAGAAUCAUAUGGAAACGGAUCCAUUACCUCCUACACCUGUUGGAGGGGAGUCAGCUAAGAAUCAUAUGGAAACGGAUCCAUUACUUCCUACAGCUAUUGGAGGGGACGAACACGUUCAUGCAUGUGCGAAGCCCACAGUUCCAGAGAUUCCAACAUCUCACGUACCAUGUGCUAGUGACUCUGUUGUAAGCAGAGAGAUCAUGAAAGAAAUUCAGCCAAGUGGUGCAGAAAGUCGUGCGUCUCGAAGUUCAGCAUUGACAUUGGACAAGAAUGAAUGUUCUGCCAAUAAUUCCAUUGAAACUACCACCGAUACGUUUGCGCAAGUUACUUGCGAUGGCAAUCAAGAACACGCCGAAGAGAAAGUUACUAACGCGUCCCAAGAGAAUUCUGCGGAAACUCCAGCUGGUAAAACCAGUUACGGGUCGAGGCGGGUUGCACUAGACCUUCAAAACAUUCCUUGCCGGAGGGCAGCGAGAGAUGUUGUUAUUCCAAGCUCAUUUUUCACAUCAGCAGGUAAACGUGACUCAGAAAAAAGUUUUGAGAGAAAUGUAAGAAUGGACGUAGAAAUAGACGUCAAUAAAGACCGUAUGCAAGCAGCACCCGAUAGUUCCACAGAAGGGGCAGUGGAAGGAAUUACUUCUAAAACAGCCACGAAGAUUCAUCAGCAGGUGUCUACCAAUAUUUCUCACUUGCGAGGCGCAGACGUUACAAAAGAUGAACCUGUAAGUCGCCCAUCUCGCGAUCACAGUGGUCUGAUAGAGUGCACGAAGAAAAUUAUAAAUGAUAUACCACACGAGAGUAGGAACACAGCAACUUCUAACAUGCGAGGCAAUGAAGAUAACGCUGCAGGGAAGGUACCUCGAGAAGCAAGUAAUCUCGACAGCUCUGAAGAGAGUGAUGCGUCAUCUGUUCUCUCACCUGAGGAGCGGUACGACCGGAGGAAUCUCCAGAUAUACCGCUAUAUUACAACGAACGGCGGGUCUGAUAUAAGAUACUCUCCAUAUGUCACCCGGCGACGCCCUUUAAGGGCCGGGUACAGCGAUGAAGAUAAUUACCGCCGAACCAGGAGGCAGCGUCACGAAGUUCGGCAGGCAGAUAAUGGUGUCCAGACCACCAGAGACGCUUCGACCUCAUUUGGUGAGGCAUGCAGCAUUUCCUAGUGAGUGGAAGAAGUCACUUGGGAAAGGAUGAAUCUGACAAACCAGUGUGUUUCAGUGGGGCUUAUUCAGUAACUUCGUUUCAUGGUAGUGUUUUGUGAAAGAUGUGUUCCAUCAGCUGUACGUAUUCCAAAAAACAUUUUGUCGUGGGCGAAGGUGUUAACUUCGCAGUUUUACAUUAAUCUGAACAGUCGCAGGAAAUAUUUUACGCCGAUAACCGAUGUCGGUUGCCAUUGUUCAUUACCGGAACGAUUAAAAGCAGCAUCAGAUGCGGUGCCAAAAAAUGUUUUUGACAUAGCGUUAUUGACUAUCUGAUACUGUUUUCAGUCGUUCUGAUGAUUGCCACUAUGGCCAACACCUGUUAACGACAUGAAACAUUUCUGCGAUCGCAUCAACCAAAUAUUAAGUGUAAAGAUUUUUGAACGAGGCUACGUAUUCGGUUGAAACAUUUUGGUGGAAUUUUAACGUGUGAUUAUGCAGAACAGAUGUUUUUCCCUGUCUCUCUUGAUAUAAGCUCACUCUUUGCUGAACGCUGAUUACAAAGCAGUGUGUCGUUUGCCACGCCGUUCAUCGAGAGGUAAAAAUCAGAGGUAAAAAUCAGCCUUUUAAAGUCUUUGUAGUCAUACCUGGCCCAUUAAUUUUCAGUAUUUUUUAACAGACAAAAUUGACGAUAUUACUGGUCCUGAGACGUGUAACAGCGCUAAGAGUCAGACACGGGCCGACACAAAGUUUUAACCUAACAGGAAGUUUCAUCAGACACAGAAAUUACCAGUCUUUCAACUGUAUUUUUAAUAUGACUUUGUAAAGCGGAUGGCAUCGGCGUAAGUGUAAUGAAAGCAUCAGCAAGUACGUAAUAUUUGGUUUCCCCUCGAAUGUUGCACAAAGGUUUGUUUUGUGUUUCCAGUAUUCUGUUUUAAAACUUACAUGUCUAUGUGGAGAUAGUAAUAUUGGCGUUUACUUCAUAAAACUGAGAUGCUGAUUUGUGUAUUUUCAGUAUUAUUGUAUAAAUGGUUUUACUGAUGGGAUGAAAAAAGAACCUACUCAAUCAUAUUAUGUCAUUUCGUAAAUAAUGUGAAUAAGAAAGUGGACAUAUUCAUUGUGCCAGGAACUUAUUUGCUAACAUUCCAUAAACUCCAGUGCAUUUUACGUUUGUGUUAAGAUUUUAUAAAUUUUUUUGUAUUAAUAUGAAGAAUAGUAAGUGUGUUUGCUCUUUAGUACAGUGAAGAAGUGAAUUGUUGUGACUUAAUUUAGUGUUGUCUUUUGAUUUGAAGAUGUAGUCUGUAGCAUUAAUUAAAAAAAUA